AAAUAAAUAAAUUGUAGUAGUAACAAAAUGCACAUUAAUUGAUAUAAUUAAUAAUUAGUAGUGAAAGUAUAAAAUCUGUACUUCAGAUCUAACGUUAAGUUGUUGCUAUAAAUACAUAACACACAUUACCAGCCAUCUUCUUCUUACAUAUCUGGGAUCAGAAUUCAGAUCCAAAGAAUUUCCACUUACAAAAUCUCACUUUCUGUAACUGUCAUCAUUCCCAUUCAUUCCUCUAAUUCACAGUGUAGAGGAAGAAGAAGAACUCACUCUGUUUUAUGCACUUGUGCUUCGUAAAGCCACUGUCUCCACCGGAGAAGAGAGAUUAAGAUACAUUUUCUGUUGAAGAUAAACUCAAUCUGCGCUUAGGUAUUUAGAAAAGAAGCAAAGUUUGAGGCUGAGGAAUAAUAGGUAUGUUUAAGUUAUCUCCUAGGAGGAGUCAAAGAUCUAAAGGCUUCAAGGUGAAGCAUGCUUUACAAAUAUGUGUUCUUGUUGGUGUUUGUAUCUGGUUGGUUUACCAAAUUGGACACUCUCGCCAGAAAAAAGUGUCGUAUGUCGAGAAUACAAAAAUUGGCAGUGAGGUUAUUAAGUUAGGGAGGAAGAACCUCAAUCCUCCUGUGAAGGAAACUUCUGUUAUAGAUGCAAGACACAAGGAAGACGAUGACGAAGAUGAACAAGACAAUAAGCAUGAAGAUCCAACCAAAUUGGAUGAUGUUAAUGUGGUGGAAGAUGAUGCUGAGCAUAAAGAGGAUUCGGGAGUAGACCAAGAGAGUGAAGAGAGUUCUCAAAAUGCUAAAACUGACACUGAAGGUGAACAACAUGUGGAGAAAGAUGAUGAAGAGAAUGAUAAUGCAGACAACAAGGAGAGUGAAAGUGUGGUGAAAAGGAAUGAGGAAAUAAAAGAUGAAGUUGAGGACAAAGAAACGGGCGAAGCUAGUAAGGAAAAGAGUAAAUUAGAGAAUGAAGAGAAUAAAGAUGAGGAAAAGAGCAAUUUAGAGAAUGAAGAGAAAAAGGAGGAGGAAAAGAAUAAUUUAGAGAAUGAAGAGAGCAAAGAUGAAGAGAAGAGUAAUUUAGAGAAUGAAGAGAACAAAGAUGGAGGGGAGGACAAGGAAACUGGAGAAAAGAGAGAGGAAAAGAGUCAGCAAGAUAAUGAAGAGUCAAGUGAAAUAGACACCAAAGAUAAGGAGAAUGAAGAAAGCAAGCAGAAUGGAACCGAUGCGAAGGACCAAGUGGAGGAAAAUCACAAGAAUGAUAGUAAAGAAGGGACGGAGGAAAACAAUGGAACAGAAGAGGAGAAAGAAGAACAUGAUAAGAUUCAGAAAAAGACUUCAUCUGAAAAUCAGGUUCAGGAUGGCGAAAAAAAUGAGGCUAGGGAGGAAAAUUAUGCUGGAGAUAAUGCCUCCAGUGCUGUAGUAGAUCAUAAAUCGGAAGACAUUUCGAAAGAAAAUGAUAAUAACAAAGAAGAGCAGGUUGACGAAAAGGAAAAGAAUGAACUUGAGUUGAAGUCUCAGAAAAAUAGUGAUGAAACUACAGAAUCCACUGAUUCUACUGCUACAGGAAACAACCAGGGAAAUGAGAGUGAGAAUGAUCGCGCACAGACCGAUAAUGAUUCACAGAAGAGUUCUGUGUCAGAGUCAGAUAAACAGAAGCAGGAGCAGAACAACAACACCAAAGAUGAUGAACAAAAGGAAGAUUCAUCGUCGCAGAAUGGGAAUGACUCAACUGAAAAACAGAAUGAAACAUCAGAAGAUGCAGUUUCCAAGGAAGACAACUCCAGCACACAAAAUACAACGCCAAAAAUUGAAGAUUCUAAGUCAGAUGCUGCUGGGGAUCAGGCUGAUUCCACUACUAAAUCUUCGUCGGAAACUCAAGACAGCAAUACAAAUCAUAGUGAAUACAAGGACACCACUAAUGAAAACCCAGAAAAGAAUUCUGGUCAAGAAGGAACACAAGAAAGUGGUUCAUCAUCCAACACAAUUGAUAACAAAGAUGCUACUGGCAAUGAGGCUCAACUCACUACCUCUGAUACAUCAUCAGAACAAAAGAAAGAUGAAUCCUCGAGUAAUUCCGAAUCUUCACAGAAUGACAAUGCAAGCUCAGAUCAAAGCAAAACGAACAAUGAAGAAAGUGCUAAUGACAACAAAGACUCUAGCCAGGUCAAUUCAUCUGAACAAAGUGGAGAGGGAAACACAAACUCGGAAAACAACAGUGAUUCUAACCAGAACGACUCAAACAAAAAUGAAAGUACCACUGACAGCGGAAAUGCCUCAAACAGUGCCAAUGACAACGAGAACUCUGCUCAGAGCAAAACCAGUGAAAAUGCAGGUGAUGCUCAAAAUGAAUCAGUGAAGUCAAAAAAUGAGAAUGAGGAAUCUUCUCACACCGACGGAGAUAACAAUUCUAACUUGAAUGAUCAGGGAAGUUCUGAUACUGCAGUUGCACAGGAUGAGGGAAGUUCUGAUACUUCAGUUGCACAGGAUGAGGGAAGUUCUGAUACUUCAGUUGCACAGGAGGAUAAAGAAUCCCGCGUAGAUUUGGAAACGUUGCCGGAACGCAGUGGUGAAAGCAGUCACAACGAUAUUUCUUCUGCAGAAUGAAAAUUCAAAUGAAUCAAUUGUAUCUUGCUGCUGCUUCUGAUCCUACUUUAUUUUGUUUCUUUUUUAUUGAGCCAUGUAUUGUUCUUAGCAAAUAUGCUAUCAAGUUUUCUUUUAAGAGGGUCAGAACAAGAAUUUAGAUAGCUAUAGAAUUGUAUCAAUAUAAAAUCAUUUUAUGUUUCAUAUGUAACCUGCACUCUUUUCUGGAAAAAUAAUUACCACUUUAAAUUGUCAUCA